CCUCCUCCUCCUCCUCCUCUCGUCUGACUCCGUCUGGGAAAAGGAAAGGAAAGGUUUGGCGCAUCGGCGGAGACCGGGAGGUUGCCACAACAGGACGCGAACCGGAGUUGAGAAACAAGUUUGACUGCAGCGUUUUCGCGGGCCUCCCGAGAGGAUCAGCGGUGACCAUCAUCAUCCUCACCUCCUUCAUCUUCCUCACUUCCCCUCCUCGUCUGUCGCGUUGUUUCCUAGCGGACCGGUGAAGAUGUCUGGCUACCAGGGCAAGAAGAACAUCCCCCGCAUCACAAGCGACCGUCUCCUCAUCAAAGGAGCGAAGAUCGUGAACGAUGAUCAGUCCUUCUGCGCCGACAUCUACAUGGAGGACGGAGUCAUCAAACAAAUUGGGGAGAACCUCAUCGUUCCCGGCGGGGUGAAAACCAUCGACGCCCACGGCCGCAUGCUGAUGCCGGGCGGCAUUGACGUGCACACGCGCUUCCAGAUGCCCGAUCGGGGCAUGACGUCCGCCGACGACUUCUACCAGGGCACCAAGGCGGCGCUGGCCGGAGGCACCACCAUGAUCAUCGACCACGUGGUGCCCGAGCCAGGCGUCAGUCUGCUGUCGGCCUUCGAGCAGUGGCGCGAGUGGGCCGACAGCAAGUCGUGCUGCGACUACUCGCUGCACGUGGACAUCACGGAGUGGCACAAGGGCAUCCAGGAGGAGAUGGAGACGCUCGUCAAGGAUCACGGUGUCAACUCUUUCCUGGUCUACCUGGCCUAUAAGGAUCUUUUCCAGCUUACUGACGCUCAGGUGUACGAGGUGUUCAGCGUGAUCCGCGACCUCGGAGCCAUCGCCCAGGUCCACGCCGAGAACGGGGACAUCGUAGCCGAGGAGCAGCGUAGGAUCCUGGAGCAAGGCAUCACCGGGCCCGAGGGACACGUGCUGAGUCGCCCCGAAGAGGUGGAGGCCGAGGCUGUCAACCGCUCCGUGACCGUGGCCAAUCAGACCAACUGCCCGCUCUACGUCACCAAGGUGAUGAGCAAGAGCGCCGCGGACGUCAUCGCCCAGGCCCGGAAGAAAGGCACCGUGGUGUACGGAGAACCCAUCACGGCGAGCCUGGGAACGGACGGUUCACACUACUGGAGCAAGAACUGGGCCAAAGCGGCGGCCUACGUCACCUCCCCCCCGCUGAGCCCGGACCCCACCACGCCCGACUAUCUCAACUCCCUCCUGUCCUGCGGCGACCUGCAGGUGACAGGAAGCGCGCACUGUCCCUUCAACACCGCCCAGCGCGCCGUGGGCAAAGACGACUUCAGCUUGAUCCCCGAAGGCGUCAACGGCACCGAGGAGAGGAUGUCCAUCAUCUGGGACAAAUGCGUGGUGACAGGAAAAAUGGACGAAAACCAGUUUGUGGCUGUGACCAGCACCAACGCUGCCAAGAUCUUCAACCUGUACCCCCGCAAGGGCCGCAUCGCGGUGGGCUCCGAUGCCGACCUGGUCCUGUGGGAUCCAGACAUCACGAGCAUCAUCUCCGCCAAGAGCCACAACUCGACCGUGGAGUACAACAUCUUUGAGGGCACGGAGGUUCGCGGGGGCCCUCUGGUGGUCAUCAGCCAGGGGAAGAUCGUCUUAGAGGAAGGGAACCUCCACGCCACGGAGGGCUCGGGACGCUUCGUGGCCCGCAAACCUUUCCCUGACUACGUCUACAAGAGGAUAAAGGCUCGCAGCAGGCUGGCUGAGCUGAGGGGCGUUCCCAGGGGACUGUAUGACGGGCCGGUCUGCGAGGUGUCGGUCACUCCCAAAACCAUGACCCCUGCCUCCUCGGCGAAGACCUCGCCCGCCAAGCAGCCCAACCAACCCGUCCGCAACCUGCACCAGUCCGGCUUCAGCCUAUCCGGUGCUCAGGUCGAUGACAACGUUCCUCGCAGGAACACCCAGCGUAUCGUGGCGCCUCCCGGUGGCCGGGCCAACAUCACCAGUCUGGGUUAGAUUUUCUAUCUCCGGCCGCUGAGGAGGAAAUGAUGAAGAUUUUGUGGAUGGGUGGCCAACAGGGAGCUGGGGAAGUUGGCGACGACGCCCGGGAUGAAGCGAAAACACCCGACGGGGAAGGGGGCCAUCUGUCAACCUCCGUCUUUCAUGUCCUCCUCUGCUGCUUUUUUCACAUCACCACUCCCACCCCUUCCCCUCAACCCCAUCCUAGAGGACACAGUUAGAAACAAAGAAAAAAAUCCUGCCUCAUUUGAUGAAAAAAAAUGAGAGAAAAAAAAGAUAACACUCCUUAUUUGAGCACUUUUGACGGCAUUAUUUAGAGGUUGUUUUAUAUAUAUAUAUAUAUAUAUAUAUAUAUAUAUAUAUAUAUAUAUAUAUAAAACUGUCCCUGCCAUGUGUCUUUUUGAUGUUUUGCUUUGCUGUUGUUUUCACUGAGGGCUCAAGAGAGACCAAACUGAAGAAGAAGGUAAUGCACAGCCUCCAUCGUGUUUCCAUUUAUUUCGGGGACCAGUUCAAAAUGGUGCAUGGGUACAAUACCGGUGUUGUUCUUUUCAUGUAUUUCUGAUGUUGAGUAACACACAGUUGACAAGGAAUCUCAUCAUUUCUUCACUGAUCGAUCUGCUCCAUUCCGGUGCGUUGCUCCCUGAUGCGCCGUCGGAAACACUCAGUGGUGUUUUUGGUUCUGGUCUCACUGGCUCGCUAGCUAAGGUACGCACACUGUCAGUCUGCUGGAGAGUCCCGUGAGACACGAGGAAGCAUCAGCGGUUAGUAAAUGCAGCUUUUCACUCGGUCUGUGAGUGUUCAGAUGGUUGGUUAAGGCGUCAGCCAGCCUCUCCUUGCCUUACCGUCCCUCGAGGCCGUCCUCUUACAGAAAGGUUAGGAGUGUGGGGAAGGUGCCAUUCACUACGCAGCUACACAUCCCGUUUUAUUUGCAUCCAGGUAAAUCAGAGCUACUUUUCUUUUUUCUGUAGAAACAUCGGAUAUCCGUCCACCACCCAGUGCAUUUACAUCCAGAAUGUGUCUCCUCCUCCUGAUGUGACUGUUUUUUACUCAUCAGAAAUCCCUCUUUCCUUUCUACUCUUUAUGUGCCUGAACCCACAGAAGUUGUACUGAUAGUUUAUUUUCUUGCUUUGGGAUUCUUUUGUUAUUGUUGUGUUUUGUUUUUUUUUUUUUUUUUUAGGUAAAGUGAAGGAUGUAAGAUAAAAAGAACAAAAAAAGAAGAAGAUGUAAAAUAGCCAGGAUUAACCGAUUCAAAGGUGCCAGAUUUUUGUGCUUUCAUAGGGUCUUCUCUGCCGACAGAGCCCCCCUGUAAAGACGAAAAACGCUCGAUAUCUUGAAAUGUUCUAAUGUUUUAGGGUUUUAACUUGUUGUCAAACUGCUUUUUAGUGUCAUUCUGUAACUAGGUGCCUAAGGGCUGAGCGCUAUUGAUUUACGCUUGAACGUAGACAUGAGCUAAUGUUACUUCUGACUAGUGUGGAGUGUUGAUGUGUGAGGGAUGGGACACGCACAGCAGGCUCUCCCCGCAGUGGUGGAGCUCUUCGUAGCUCCACGUGCUGUACUGAGCUUUCAAAUGUUCUACUUUUUACUUUAUUUUCCUCACAUGAUCUGGUGUUUUUGGAGCAAAGCAAAUGUUUCCUUGAGUUUCCUCUUGUUGCAACAAGGCGUUCGUCACCAGUCACCAUGUCUUUGCAGCCUUUUUAUUGUUCCCGAUUUAAGAAACGCAGCUCACAAUAUGCUCACCCCGACACUGCAUCGCAAUAUCACUUUGGAAAGAGUCCCUGUAACGUCCAGUCUGUCUUCUCACUCCAGGAAACUGACGAAAGAGCCAGACUGGACGCUACAGUGACUUUCAUCUCACAUUCAGAAGGUGGCAUCACCGAAUUUCACAUCACAUUUUGUACAUUUGAAGUUCAUUUUAAGAAGCUUUCAAAAAUAAAUUGACUGAAUUUCGCAAACUAACUUGCAAGCCCUGGCCUAUCCAUUGCAUUAAUACCACACUGUCUAAUUUCAGUCCAACACGUGUAGAUGUAAGAAGAGGCUAAGGAGCUGGACUGAGGCGGACUGGAUCCAUUAGUCACUCGCUAUUACCAGCAACAAUUGGAAUGUUCAUACCACGUGGAGAAUCUUUUCUAGUUUAAACAUUCAAAAGAAUAACAUAAAGGAAGUAAACAACAAACAUGAGAUGAAUAUUUGCUGGAAGAUUUUUAAAGUUAGCGAUCUGGCUGUCGAAUUGCACCAUGUAAUACCACUUUCCACCACUAGAUGGUGUGGUGAGUUACUCUAGUUGGUCUUUUGUACUUCCAGAGGAGAGAAAGCCUGCGUCAGCAUUGACAGAUAGGAUGGACAACAUGAUAAAUUGAAGCUUUUGAAGCUGACGUAACCUGACAGACCGGACGCUGCAGUGACUCACUGCCACCAGACGGCAAAAUUAGCGUUAUUUCAGUUUAUAUUCAAACUUCAGAUUCUCUGAUCGGACACGUCUGGUGAAUAAAUGAGCACCACCUCAGUGUAGAAAACCAAAGUUUGCACUUGGCUUUAAAGUGACUCUUUUUGCAGCUGGCCCUUCAAACAUUGCGCACACACACACAUGCACCUCUUUUCUUUUGGAGUUUGCAGCCUCGGCGUUGCAGACUCGCUCCCCUCUGAGAUAACUGGAAGCUGCUGACAAAACUCGUCAGCGUUACAAAUGCUUUAUGUAUUUAAGGAAUCCGAGGCUGGGGGGAACGUAACAAAUGCUGUUCUGAAGCACUCAAAGACGAGACAAGAUAGGAAUGGGAAAUGGAAACUCGAUCCUCGCGGCGACUCACACACACCGCGCUGCAAGGUCUCAUUCUCCUGGAGAGGGAUUUUCAUUGUUCGACUUUUUUUUCUUCCUAUUAUCGUCUUGUUGCUACUUGUAGCUUCUCCUACAGACACAACAUUGUUCCUGCUCUAAUAUCCCCGGUGGGAGGUUGGGUGAAGGUGAAAUCCACCCACACUGACACGGUUUGGCAGCGAGCUUUCCUUUUCACUCCCUUCUUUCCUUUCUUCUUCGCACAUUGUUUCUGAGUUAUUUAAAAAGUUGAAGCCGCUGCACCUUGACGAGAAUCUGUCGGAGUAGAGAAGGAAAAACACACACUCACACACGAGUUAGACGGCAAACAGCUGUUGCCGGGAUGACGACCCCCGGCCUCCAGAUCUGAGGCGGAUAUUAGGAAGCAGCUGUCACGGCUGGCACCCUCGCCGUGUCCCAUGCCUCCUCAGCUGAGACACACACACACACACUGAAACUCACACCUAUACUCCUUUAAUGCUCUGUCAGCUUGGAUGCUAUCUCUAUGCCAUGUUAUGCUAAUGAUAUAUGAGUGAUAUGUAUGUACGCAACGUGCUGCAGACUGAGAGGAGCUUGCCCUCCGCUCGGAGGAUGUUAAUGCUGUUGAAUCACCCCCCCGAGCCCCACUGUCGCCCCCCCUCCCCUCCCCUCGCUUUUCUCUUCUCCCCUUUAUUUCCUCUGACCUCCCCGCUCCCCCUCCUCCUCCUCUGUGAGCCUCACUCCCCCCCUCCCUCGUGAAAGUGAAACUGUGUGAUGGUAUUUCGUCUUGGUGGCUGUGGGGGUUUCCGGGAUGCUUGCUUACGAUGGAA